AUUGAAGUCUGAACAAUGCUUCCCCAGGGUAACUUGGAGACAGCAUUUUGCUUGCGAUAUGCAAACAUUUUAAGUGAACGGUGAAAGGGAAAAAAAACAUAAGCGGAGAGAGGAGAUGGUCGGAAGCAACAUCAUCAGUAAGUAUGGAAUAUACAAGCUAGGGGGAUGGGCUGUACAGCCUGUAGACACAGCCAGCAUCUGGGCUGUCUGUGCCCUCAUCCGUCAGCUUGUGUUUCUCUGUGUGCUGCUGGCAACCAAUCACAUUACACAGGUAACCAGAGGCUGGUCUGGCAAAAGCUGAUCAAAUCCUCCCGUCUGUUCCAUGCAAGAAACCAUCAUCAUCAUCAGACCGGGAAGAUUGAGCACGCAGCAAGCAAACCUGUUUCUAUCCUCUCGACCUGGUUAACUUGGGAAGAUGCAAAACUCAUCCUUAAGCAAGGCAAGAAAGCAAUGAAGAAGGGACAGAAAGCAAUAUCUUAACAUUCUUGCUGAUUAACAAACCUUUGUGUCAAAUGGCCAGUUCAUUCAAUAACCUGCUGUGAAUGCCAAUCAAGCAGGAAUAAUUCUUCUAGAUUACAGUUGGGCUGCCGAUGACCCCUGUAAUAUUUCAACCACUCUAAUACAUGAAUAUUGUGUGGCAACAAGUGCUGGAAGGAGGCUGAGAGGAAGUCAUUAUGUCUCUCUAUUGUCAUUACUUGUCAACAAAACUUACAAUUAACCAAACAAACUGGAAAGAUACAGCAUAUGCAUUGCUGUUGUUAAUAAGCAUCUUUGGUGGUGCUUCUGGGACAUGUCCUCCAGUUUGCAUAUGUGCCAGUGACAUAGUGAGCUGCACUAACAAGAACUUAUCUGUGGUGCCCAGGACACAUUUCAAAUUUAUCCGAAAACUGGAUUUAAGCUACAAUAAAAUUGGAUUUUUGGACCCAGACUGGUUUCCAUUUUUGCUUGAGAAAUUGGACACUUUAAUAUUAAACCAUAACACUGUUAGCAGUAUCUCUACUGGAAGCUUCUCCACCAUUCCAAAUGUAAGGUACCUUGAUUUAUCAUCAAACAAUCUGAGGACACUUAGCAACCCUGUUUUUCAAGAACUAAAAUUGCUGGAAGUUCUUUUGCUUUACAACAAUCAGCUCACGCAUAUUGAUUCUGGUGCCUUUGGGGGACUAUACAAACUGCAGAAAUUAUAUUUAAGCGGCAAUGUUAUGACACAGUUCCCAGUGGAUUUAUUUGUUGGGAGGAGCAAGCUUACAGAACUGGUAUUGUUGGACAUGUCUUACAAUAAAAUGCAAGUUGUACCUGUCCAGCAAAUUAGCUUAAUUCCUGCCAGGCAACUAAGUGGAAUAUACAUUCAUGAAAACACUUUUGUCUGUGACUGUGCUUUAAAUUCAAUGCUGAAUUAUUGGUAUCAUAGACACUUCAGCCCUGUAGUGGAUUUUAAAAAUGAUUAUAGUUGUAUGUUGCCAUCCGAUCCCAAGACCAAAUUGCUGCUUAUCCAAGAUAGCUUUCUAAAUUGCUCCGAGAACACUGUGAAUGAAUCUUUCCAUGCUUUUGGCUUUUUAUAUGAGGCUCAGGUUGGAGAAAGGCUGGUUGUGCAUUGUGACAGCAAAAUAAUUGAUUCUGGCACUCAGUUCAUCUGGGUGAGUCCUGACAAUAGAACAUUCGAACCAGAUAUCAAAAAUGAUCAUUUUCAUGUGUUUUACAAUGGAAGUUUAGAAAUUGAAGAUGCACAAAUAGGGGAUUCUGGUGUUUACUCAUGCAUUGCAAUAAACAAGAAAAGACUGCUUAAUGAAACCAUAGACAUUAGAAUUAAUGUGAGCAAUUUCACAACAAGUAAAUCUCAGUCUCAUGAAGCAUUAAACACAGCUUUUACUACGCUUGCUGCUUGUGUGGUCAGCAUAGUUCUGGUGCUUCUGUACCUUUAUCUCACACCCUGUAGGUGUUGGUGUAAAUCUAAAAAGAAGAAAAGGAAACCCAAUCAAAGCAGUGCUCAUUCCUCAAUCUUAAGCACCACGCCAUCGCAUGAUCUGCCAAAUGAACGCAAGUCCAGUACUGGCAAGCGGGUUGUGUUUUUAGAGCCAGUCAAAGAGAUAGAACAAGGACAGAAUGGAAAAGUAAGGCUAAUCCAAACAGAAAAUCUCACUGCAGAAAGCAUCUUAAAGACCACACGCUCAAAAUCAGACUCUGAUUCUAUCAGUUCGGUUUUCUCUGAUGCUCCUUUCAUUGCAUCUGUGUAACAAUCUGCCUGCUUUUGCUCAUUAAACUUGCAGGAGGGAUGGGCUCUUUGCAUUCUAAAGGCAACAGUACCCAAUCUCUGAAAGUAAACAUAAUCAAAUGUAUUCAUUGGGUGGGUUACCAUAAGAAAUGAAAGAGGAAAUGAAUGUAAUAUAAUUAAACAAGCACAUAGAUACUAUAUGGUUAAUUCAGGAAUUACCUUUACAGUAGCAAUUUGUAUUCUCUGGCCAUCUCUGAUUCUUCAACACCGUACAAAGCCUUCCGUUGUAGGGAGGCCAGUUCUUACUCUCUAACUCUGGGAAUUAUUGUCAUAGUACCUACCUAAAACCUACCUAAAAAUUGAGCAGCACUUCUCUAUAGGACAUGGUACUGUCUUUAAUAUAAUUUAUAUAACCCUUAACCUUAUGUAUAAAAAUGUUAUAGAUGUCACAUACGGAUGACUAGGCAUACCUUAAUAUAACUAAUGAUCACUUUGGGAAUUUAAUGUAUUUCAUUACAAUGAGACACAUUGUAGACCAAUGUAUUGUAUUCGCUGGCUGUGAAGAGAUUAGACUUACAUUAUUAGCUGUGUCCUACAAGAAAUCUAAAAAACCUGUUAUGACUCAGUGUUCUAAUGGUUGAAGGCUAUGGGUAUUACUUUUCCUAUCAUCUAUGUUAGCAGCUAUAUAGAAGAGGUUUUUUUUAAAUGACAUAGCUCUGCCUUAACUAUCUAAUUUGUGUCUAGCUCAAGUGGUGGGUUUAUUUUCUUAAUUAAUAAUAACAAUUAUCUUUUUUGGUCUGCACAGGUUAAAAAAUCAUUUGCUGUGCAAGUGGUUAUACCAAAUGUCCAAUUAUUAGCAGUGGCAUAGAUUUUCUAAAUAAAAGGUGUCCUGCUAGUUGGUAUUACUUACUUAGAUAGAAGCAUGGAAUCAGUAUUGAAGCCAAUGGUUCAUUUUUAACCACAAAAAGGUUCAUGCAGAUAUUUAGGUCACUGUCAAACAGGGCUGCCACCUUUCCUGUAACUGAGGUUUGCCCAAUCUGUCUCUUGCUUUGUAGUACCAAUAAUGCUCUAGAGCAAGAAAAUUAAAAUAUGGUUGUUUUGUUAUGGGGUGACUUGCACUGAUCUAAGUAAAAGAAGCCAACAUUGUCAUGAUUGUGUUUAUUAUGGAUUUGACUGUAAGUCCUUCAGGCAGGAAAAGGAUUUGUUUUAACUGCGAAAACCCAUUUUAAUCACAUACAAACAUUCAGAAUACAAUGCAUAGUUUAGUCAGAUGUGUUGAAAGGAAUUUCACCUGUCGUUAUUAUAUAUUCCUAUUUAUGAACUGUUGAAUAUAUUUGCAUUUAUUCCUGAGAGAUGCUAUGCGUAUGGCAGUACACAUAAAAAUAUUGUAAUGUGAUCAAUUUGAAUGUUUUGCUCAUGAAAUCCUGGACAAAGGUGUUCUGAUGCUAAAAACAGGAUAUUCUCUAUCAUAAUUUAUCUUAUCUAUAUAUAUUAGUAUUAGCAAUUCAUCAGUCAGAUGUAGUUUACAUUCAUUUCAAAUACAUUUAUAUUUUAAUAUUUUCACUUUUAUGAAUAUUUUAUUAUUUUUUUUCUAUUCUUAUGAAAAAGUAAUGUAUUGUAAGCAACAUAAUGAAAUAUGGAUAGCAAAAAAAAGUAUCAGUAAUGUUAAAGUAGAAUACAAGACAUGGCAUUAGAUUGUUCAGUAGGAAAUAUGUUAGCAAAUAAAAGUAAACUGUUAAACUAU